UUUGGUGGGUCCGGUGGUGCCUGGUGAGUCCAGAACGCGAAUCAAAGCCGACCGCGGCAGCAGCCAGGACUCGGGUGCGGACACCUUCGUAAGUCAAACAGCAGCAGCAAAACGCCGGCGAAGGAGGGUGGUGCUUUGGUGGUGCUUGUGCGGGACGAGGUCGAGGGUUCGAAAAGGCCAUGUCUGCAGCUUCCUGCAGGACCUGCAGCUGUUUCACGACCGGAAUGGGUUAGAAGGAAGUUUGGGUGUUUUGUGAUUGAUUUUGUUUGUUUAUGUAGGAUGGGAGGUAGGAAUGUGGAUUCGAACCGGUUGUAUUCGGUGAUAGUGACCCGGGGAUGGUGGUUGAAGGUCGAUUCCCGCGAGGACUGGGACGAGAUCAUCGAGGAGAUGGCGCUGCCGACGCGUUGCGUGAACAGUGAGAUUGCGUUGAAGAAGAAUAACAUCCGAUUUUUGGACAAGUACGAGAAAGGAUCCGACGAAGAGGAGGACGGCAAGAAGCGGCAUAAUCGGAGGUGGUCAGCGCGGAUGUUGCACUCGAUGUCGGCGGUUCACAACACCGCAACUUCCCGCCCACAAACGCUCACAUCGCGACGGCGCAGCUUCAGCUGGGGACAGCGAGCAUGAAAAAUCUGUGUCAUUGUGGAAGGAGGAUGAAGUGCUCGAAAUCAAAUUCCGUUCCGAGGGCCGCCUCAUCAACCCCGUGUUCCGGAUGCGCUUCCAGGUUCUGGAACUCCCUGUCCAGGCACUUCACUUCUCAGCCGGGAAACGUCGACCACCCUUCCCGAAUCAACAGCCAACUUCUCCAAACCUGUCCUGAUGAAGGCCGGCAAUGGACCAUCCUGUUCGCUACUUUGCUGUCGCGCGUCGAAACGUCCAUCCGGAACCGUCCAGCUUGGGGUCUUUGGAAGUUACCGUUAACGUACCAUAAUAAUCGGUACAGCUUGGACUCGGAUGUUAGCCAGAAGCGUUAUUGUCCGUCUCUCGAAGGUACACGCCACGCGGCAUUUCAGAAUGUGCCGCAGACACUGUUGCCAGCGAUUUUCUGCACUUUUACUGCCGUUCUACGCAUAAUUGUCCCAUGUUCAAAAAAGUGCAACUGAGAAAAACGCGAUUGAAUUUUUUCGACCGAUUUCUGUGUUUCUACGCAUAAUUGUCCCGUGGGUUCCUAUUCGCCCUAUGUGUCCCUAAUUGCCCCAGUUAGCAGUGUAUCACUCUUAUUUGUGAUCCUCUUGCUAAACAACAGGUAAACACGACAUAAUGCUACAUAAAACUAAUGAUUCCGUAUAAGAAAAUACUUGGUGGGACAAUUAUGCGUAGAAGUUCAACGAUGGGACAAACAGACUUGGUGUUGUUUUUAAUGAAUUUCCGAACAAAGUACCAGAUUUUAUGUGUUUUUCUUAAAGUACACAUCAAACUAAACUUUAAAAUGUCAUAAAGUCAAAAUCGUCCAAAACUGACAUGGGACAAUUAUGCGUAGAACGGCAGUUUAGUGCAGUAAAAAACAUACCCGGCAACAAUGCCAUGCAAUUCGAAGAAGAAGAUCAACAAAAACAAAACGCGCAGUAUGGGAUUUGACAGCGCGCAUUUGCCGAAAGUGCGGCGCGUCGUUUCGAAGCUGGUAUGCCGCGUGUCUUUUUCGGGAAUACGCGCA